AUGGCAGCAACGGGCACCAGUAGUCCGGGUGAUAUGCGUAGAAGGCAUCAGUCUCCGAGACCCAAAGGCCGUGAGAACACGAAAAACGUCCUUUGCAGAAACAUUACCAUCUAUGGCAGCUGCAGAGCUCAGAACAAUGGUUGCCCUUACAACCAUGAGAUACCUCCUAAACCCAAUCAACAGGCCGAGAGCGCCAAACGCUUCCUAAACGUCGAUUCCCCAUCGUUCAAGCCCUUGUCACCAGUCACGAACAGCGCGCAGCCUGUGAAAGCUCUGGGAAUAUCGCCAAAAGCAGCUUCGGCGGCUGUCUUUACCCCCAAAUCCACUGCGGCAGCGCCAGUUGCGGCAGCCAAGCAGCCGUCAGAAUGGUCUCAACGUGGUAUCCAAGAGUUUGUACCUCAGAACUUUGUGCCUCAAGCGUCUGAUGGUGGUAACUCUACCAGUAUUGCCUCGUUCGACCCCUUCACCAUGCAGGGGACGUCUGGUCAGAUGUCAGACGCUUCUCAUACUCCACAAAUCAACCCCUACGCUCAAGAUGCAUCUGCUUUAGCCGCGAAUUCGAUGUUUUCAGCUGCAGCCGCGUUCGCUCAUCCGCUCAGCUACCAUCUUUAUGCGCCGUUGGGACCCCAUCGGGAGAACCUCAUGGCUUACCAGCGAACAACUCACGACUUCUUCAUUCCUGAUCAUCUACGCGAAGAGAUGCAACGUAAAUCCGAAGCAUCUCUUCAAACAUUCUCGAACACAGCACUGCCUCAGCAGAUUGAACAUUUCCAUUCUCUGGUAGCUCUUGACACCAAUGCGCAAAAGUCUGCGUCUGCAUACGGUUACCCAAGUUGGGUAUACAAAGCCACUUCGAGCAAGGAUGGGUACAAUUAUGCUCUAAGACGUCUCGAAGGCUUCCGACUGACCGAUGAAAACGCUAUCCGUGCUAUACAGACCUGGAAGCGUAUCAGCAACGGAAAUGUCGUCACCGUCCAUGAUGCAUUCACAACUAGAGCAUUCGGAGAUAGCUCUUUGAUUGUCGUCACCGAUUAUCAUCCUCUCUCGCAGACUCUGGCGGACAAGAUUUUUACUCCUAACGCGAGAAAUCCUGGUGUCGCCUUAGCGCGAUCUCCAGGUAAUUACGUGACAGAUCAUGAGCUGUGGGGCUACAUUGUCCAACUGGCAUCUGCUAUCAAAGCAAUCCACUCAAUAGGUCUUGCUGCACGUCUCAUGAUCCCGCAAAAGAUUCUCAUCACAUCCAAGAGUCGAUUGCGGUUGAAUUCUUGUGGCAUUCUCGACAUCACUCAAUACGAACAAGGCCGCACCAUAUCAGAGCUCCAACAGGACGAUCUUCUACAACUAGGCCGUUUGAUUCUAUGCAUAGCCAACAAGAAUCCUACAGCCCACCACAACACCCAAAAAUCCCUUGAGCACGUCGGCCGAGCUUACAGCGAAAAGAUGCGUGAAGUAGUCACAUGGCUACUCACUCCAGCUACGCCAAUGACACCCACUCAAGCAACAACAAGUUCACCGACUCCUGCGGCAGCGACCACGUCCUCGGACCACGAUAUCGACAGCUUCCUUUCGCUCAUCUCGUCACAGAUCACAUUGACCUUCGACGCUAGUCUACAUGAAGCAGACUCACUGACAAGCAACCUUUCUCGAGAGCUCGAAAAUGCACGCCUGGUCCGUCUGCUUACCAAACUGAAUAUGGUUCUAGAGCGUCCCGAGGCGACAUUGACUUCCAACGCUGCAAACCCCAAUCAGCCUGCUGCACCUCAUACUCUUAACCAUACAUCGUCCGCUUGGUCCGAGACUGGAGACCGUUACUAUCUCAAGCUCUUCCGCGAUUAUGUAUUCCACCAAGUAGAUGCUGAUGGCCGACCUGUUCUGGAUCUCGGACACAUCUUGACAUGUCUGAACAAGAUGGAUGCGGGUAUUGAAGAGAAGGUCAUGUUGGUCAGCAGGGACGAACAGAACUGCUUCGUCGUAAGCUAUAGAGAGGUGAAAAGAGGCUUCGAGAGUGCUUGGACAGAAUUGAUGAAGGCAAGCCAGGGAGGAAGAAGAUAG